AUGAUCGAAAGAGAAAUCAACUCCGUCAACGACAACCCUCUAAUUGAUAUUUCCCGGAACAAGGUUUUACAAGAUGGUAACUUCCAAGGAACCCCAAUCAGAGUUUCCAUGGACAACACUCGUUUGGCCAUUGUUGCUGUAGGGAAACUCAUGUUUUCCCAAUUCUCAAAGCUUGUAAAUGACUUCUAUAACAACAGAUUACCCACCAAUCUCUCUGGUGGCCGGAAUCCAAGUUUUGGAUUACGUGUUCAAAGGUUUAGAAAUUUCAAUGGCUUCGUAUUACUCGAUGCUCCAAUUUCAUGCCAACCUUGUAGUUACCCAUGUCCAAAGCGCUGA